AUGCCGACGCAAAAUGGGAUGCAAAUCAGUCAAGCGCAAUACCAGGCGAUGCAGAGAGCAAAUCCGGGUAUGGCGCGGCCGGUAAAUUUACCACAACAUCUGCAACAGGCCCAGGCUCAAGCUCAGCAUACAUUGCAGCAACAGCAAGAAGUUGCUGCUCAACAACAUCAGGUAUGUAUUUCGCCCAAAGAAUUUCCGCUCUCUUUGAAAGUCAUCCAAUCCUGCACUUCCAUGCUCACAGCUUCUAGCACCAACAGCACCUUAUUGCUCAACAGAUCGCUCUGCAACAUCAAGCUACUCAAGCCCAGGGGGGAGGCAAUCCGGGUCAACCAAACCAGAUGCAGCAAAUGCAUAAUCUACAGCAAGCUCAAAUGGCACAACACCAGCAGGCCCAGCAGCAAGCCCAGGCGCAAGCUCAACAACAAGCUCAGCAGCAACAACAGCAACAACAACAGUCUGCUGCUGCUUCUCAACAAAACCUGCCCGCGCAAUCCCAGCCUCAGCCUCAACCUCAAUCUCAGCCCAACCCACAAGGCCAACCUCCCCAGGUCCAGCAGGUCCAACCACCAAACCCUGUGCUCCAACAGCAACAGCAAGCAGCCAUGAUGGCGGCGAGACAACAACAGGCUCAAGCACAACACAACGGGGAGAAGUUUCGGGGUCAAAGCGUGAUGAAAUUGAUGUCAUUUGCCAACAGACUCAGCAAUUUCGGGACAGUAUCAAAGUCUCUACAAACGUAUAUUGGCGCUGGUGCUGAAAAGCUGGCUGCACAAGGAAUGAAACAACGGGACGAUUUAAAGUAUUGGUCAGAAUUUGUUGUUAAAUUCUUCUCUCCCCGAGGAGUUUUACGACACACACUUUGGGAUGCAGAUUUAAAUACAAACAAACAGUUUGAAAUUACGUUUCCUGCUCUUGCAAGAUACUUCCACACACACUUCGAGAGUGGCAUUCAAACAAUGCAACUUAUCAUGGAGGAGGGCACAGAAAGGGAUUUGCCCAAUGGUGGAUUUCUUGUCGAUUGUCCAAAGUCGAGUCUUGUCUAUUGGUUUGACAAUUCGUCACAAGUAAGUUCUUUUCCUGUGAAACCAAAGUUAUACUGAUAUUGUGGCUAGUUGGUUGCGAGUGGUUCUUUACGUGCCCAUUUUGAUUCAGAACGCCUUAUUGAACUUCUCGAAUUUAUAACAAGUAGCCACGAGGAGUAUUUACCUCGAUCUCGAAUUAUCGAGGCAGCCAGACCCCUGCAUGAGUGGGGUAAAGAAUGGCACAAAGUCAAUGCUCCGCAAGAAGGGAAACAAUCGCCUGAGUUGAACAAGAAGAAGCCCAAGCCUAUGAAGUCGCCUCCUCAAGCCCCACCCGAGAUUGAUAUUCCCGACUCCAAAGUCAAGAAAAGCAUGGGAAUCACUCCCAACGUAUUCCGAUUCCUUGAGGUAGGUCCACCCUGAACUUUGAGACAUUUCUUCUAAUACAUCAUAGCUCGCGGAAGUCAUGGGACAAAUGAAUCCCUUAUUCGGAUAUGCUCACCAACAUUCCUCUCUCGCCCCAUACGCUGCACUUGACCAGUACGUUCACCAAGUGGCUAAUAAUGUGCCCAACAACCCUGGUCAACAACAGAAUCCGUCUGGUCCACGAACCCCUGGAAUGUCCAACUUUCCAAUGGGGGCUUCACCAGCAGCUGCCCAUCUUCAGCUUCCCGAUGGCUCACCUCAUAUUGGGGGUAGUCCAGCUCAGGCUCCUGGCAUGCAACUACAACAAAGUCAACAUGGUACGAGUUCCAGUGGCCCCAGCGCAAACACAAGUCCCAAUACGAGCAAUAAACGCCGUAGGCCUAGCACCGUAAAGACAGAAGAUGAGGCUCAAGCUAAUGGGACUCAAUCAAAGACCGCCGUUAGACCGAGUCCAAGAAUAACGAAGAGACAGAAGCCUAACGGGCCCUGAUCUCGCCGUCAAUUCCCUGACCUCUUACGAUGGCCUUGUAGUGCCUGGUUACCAACCACAAAAGAUUGGUCCUUACCCAUCUUACCUACUCGCAGCAUCACGGCUCAUGCGCUAAACAUUUCGCAAUUCACCGAAUCUAUUCGAGCCUCUGGCAACCUCAUAUUCACCCCAACCAGUAUUUAUCUCAGCGCGGCGCAUAUACUAACCGGACCAGCCGAUUCUUUCUUGUAUUAAUUUCUUUCAUCCACUCAGUCCAAAGGAGAAAUGGAGUAAUAAAUCCCUGUACCAUAUGCAUGUCUUUGAUCUCCCUCGCCUUUGGAGGGAGUUUGUCCUUACAAUGUCUCACGUUUUCAUCAAGACGGAGUUGGGAAAUCUUUUUUGUUUAUGUUUAACUGGUGUGGCCGGGGCAUUCUAUUGUCCUUUUUUGUUUAUAUAAUGCCUUUUUUGCUAUACCCGGGAAUCUUAAACUUUAGGGGAGAUGGGAAAGGGCAGAUUGGGGGGUGUGGGGUGUUUUUUAUUUUCUGUUUCAAAAAUUGGGGACAACACGGUUAUGAAGAGAUGGGGGUUCAGAGAGGAGUAGUUGAUCUGAACUGGGUUGGGAGAUGAUAUUCUUGGAAGUUUUGUUUUCAGGCUGCAUUCCAAGGAAAGGGGGAUGAGUAGGAUUGAUGGAGUGGUAGAUUAGGUUGUUGGUGAAUAUAAAAAGUUGUUGUGACCAGACA